GUACACAUCUGGGCGUUUGCUUUCGCUGCUUUGAGCUCUGCGAAGGUGGAGCGGAGCAAGUUCGGGUUUUACAUAUUUUAUAAUCCGCAUAAAGCAAACAUGGCGGCAAGUGAUACAGAUCAGGAGAGGUCAUCGGUGAAGAAGUCAUCCCCGGACUUGGAUAAGAAGAAGGACAGCACAGAAUCCUCCAAGUAUUCAAGAAAUUCAAAACAUCACCAUUCAAGGUCUCGUUCACGAUCAAGGGACAGAAAGAGAAAGUCAAAUGACAAGAGGUACAAGAGAAGCUGCAGCAGAAGCAAAGAGGCACGAAGAAAAGACUCUGAGGACAAAUCUUCCAAAUCGCACAAGUCUGAAGACCAACAUGAGAGGGAACACGUCACGGAGAAGGGACGGGAAAGGCCGAGUUCUGAAAACGGAGAAGACAGGCACAGGCGGAAAGAAAAGAAAUUGUCAAGAGGAAGAAGCUUCUCCAGAUCUAGAUCAAGGGAAAGACGGCAUCGCAGCAGAAGUCGAGACAGGAAGAAAUCCCGUUCCAGAAGCAGGGAGAAGCGAUCAAGGAGCAGAGACCGAAAACGGCGUGUAAGGUCACGCUCGCGUUCCCGAUCCAAACACAGGCACAGAAGCAGAAGCAAAAGCAAAAGCCGAGAGAGGAAGAAAAGAACCGAAAAAGCACGUCGAUACAGUAGGAGUCGGAGUAGGACUGCAAGUCCACCUGCUUUCCGAGGACGUAACACUGCAAUGGAUGCACAGGAAGCACUAGCUAGAAGGUUGGAAAGAGCCAAAAAAUUACAAGAACAGAAGGAGAAGGAAAUGGUAGAGAAACAAGAGAUUGUUGCAGCAGUAGCAACUGGAGGAUCUGUUCUGAAUGUCGCAGCACUCCUUGCUUCUGGAACUCAGGUGACGCCUCAAAUAGCAAUGGCUGCACAGAUGGCAGCAUUGCAGGCCAAAACACUGGCAGAGACUGGAAUAGCUGUUCCUAGCUACUACAACCCAACAGCAGUUAACCCAAUGAAGUUUGCUGAGCAAGAAAAGAAAAGAAAAAAGCUGUGGCAAGGAAAAAAAGAAGGGGACAAAUCACAGACUGCUGAGUUGUGGGAAAGGCUUAACUUUGGGAAUAAGGACCAAAAUGUUAAAUUCCGAAAGCUCAUGGGUAUAAAAGGUGAAGAUGAAAUUCCAACGCCAACCAUAACUGAUGAGGAAGGUUUAAGAACUCUGAAGCAACAGGAGGAAGUUUUCAGGAAUCUGGACGUGCAGUACGAAAUGGCACGCUCGCAGACGCACACACAGAGAGGAAUGGGACUGGGUUUCGGGUCUUCAAUGAGAGGAAUGGAUGCAGUUUAAUAGCUUUGUGUUCUGCCUAUUUUGCAUCGCUUUUUGACAACGCUGGAAACUUUGUAAAAGCUUUGUGUUCUGAUGUAAAGUCCUAGUUUACUGAAAAAGCUAGUAGCCUAGCUUGCAUGGUUGUUGCAUUGGUAUAUAAUUUAUUGAAGAAAAAAUACACAUUAACAUUCAUUUGUAAAUAAUUUGUCUGUGGUGUUGGUAUUAACUCAGCAACCAGUUUAUGUACAUCUUUUAAAAAAUUAUGCAAUGGUUGUUUAAAAAAUCCACUUGGAGGAAGAGGAGAUAGCAGUAGAGCUUUAAAAAUUCUGGCGUUUCCUACAUUGUCAAUGCUUUUUUGUACUAAAACAUGUAGAUAUUUUCAUGUGUUGAAAUGUGAAUGGAACGUUGUGGCAAUGUAAAGUUGAAUGGUUCAGUCAAUUACUGCUUGAUCUGCCCAAUGGCACGUUAUCCAGCGUGAAUCCUUCGGUAAUAAAACAAGUGAUUAUUUUA